CUGUUUGUUUUUUCAGACCUUGUUUUUCACUCUUUCUCUUUCUUUCCGAGAACUCUCAGAACCCAGAGAUCGAUCUCUUUUAUUUCCCAGAAAUCUCAUAAAUCAAAACCUUCCCUUGUAAUCAACAACUCCACUCAUAAUAAAAACCCAAAGAUCUCUUUAGUUGAAAAUCUAAGGAAACCAAAUCAAGACCUAGAAAUAUCAUCUAAAACCUAGAAAUUUAAUUUUGUUCCUGAAAUCGAAAAGCAAUUCGUCUAUAGUUGAUUGCUUUGUUGAUGUUCAAGAGAAUUGAUUUUAAUUUUCUUCCACCAUUGGUAGAGUGGGUACUUCUCUGACCCAGUGGGAGUAGACCGAGGCCGAGUCAGUGAACCCCCAAGGUGUAAUAAGGAAGAGUGUCGCGCCUUGAACUCCAUGGCUUUGGUUCAUAACCGACGCGGGUUUGAUGACAAGCAGAUAGUGAGAUUUCAAGAGACACCGUAUGAUAUUCCAAAAGGGGGUACUCCCCACACGGUUAGCUUAUUAAUGCAUGACAAACUUAUUGACGCUGGAAAGCCCGGUGAUAGAGUUGAGGUCACUGGUAUAUAUAGGGCAAUGAGUGUUAGAGUUGGACCAACACAAAGAUCGGAGAAAUUUUUGUUCAAGACUUACAUAGAUUGUCUUCAUAUAAAGAAGACCGAUAAAUCUAGAAUGCAGGCUGAGGAUCAAAUAGAACAUCUUAAUGCCUCUGACAACAUGAACGAAGAUGUACCCGCUGACUUUCAAGGCAAGAUUGAACAGUUAAAAGAGCUUGCAAAAUCCAUAAGGUCUUUUCAUUUACAAUAUGUAAACAACUGAAGAUGCAGAAAUCUGGAAUGGUAUAUUUAUGCAGGUGCAGAAAUCUGCCGGAACAAUCUCCGGAAUUUAUUUAUUUUUCACCUGUAAAAAUUGUGCAACGGAUAUAAACGUUGGAAAUUUAAUACGUUGCUUUCACUUGCUUCCAUGAGCAACGGUGCUAAAAACAAGAUAACGUUGCAGAAUUUUAUAGUGGAACUAUUUAUCCGUUUGUCUAAUCCAAAGAAACAUUGCUCAAAUUAAAGAUUUACGUUACUUAAA